AAUUUGCCUUCUUUUGCACUUGGUUUCUUGUGUUUUGCAGUCUGAUUAUUUGCUUCUUGGCCUGAUUGCUAUUUUUAUUCCUUGUCUAUUUGUGAUUGCAGUUUUUUUGGGUUGCUUCUUUUUGUGUUUUGGUGAGAGUUUUUAUUGUCAAUGUUUUGCAAUUUCAUGCUGUAAUGUGUGUUCCUGAUUUUCACGAGUGUUAAUUUCAUGUGAUCAUGAGCCGGAUGAUGUUUAAUUAAAACUGUUCCCCACCUGUUUUGGUUCACAUAGAUUUUGGUUUGCAAAAUAACUAAUAGGAGUACUUUUCAUCGAUCCCCUGUUGUUAACUUUUGACUCAGGCAUAAUUGAAUGAUUGUGGGAUCCAAUAGCUCUGAUCAUUUAAGGCAAGAAAUCAUUAGUUUAGCCUUAUGCUUUAUGCAUAAUACUGCUUUCAUCUAAACAAUGCUUCUUGCUACACACAUUUAAUUGCAUUUAUUUGUGUUAGCCUCCAACUAAAUUUUAGUACUAUUCAAUUUCUUGCAAAGGUUUUAAUUUACCUUUUCGUUUAGAUUUUCCACAUUUUUUGGUUAGAUUUGGUGAACUCUGCCACAGUUUAUGCAAAAGGGGAUUACUUGUGCUCAAGGCUUUCUGCAUCAUAACUUGAAUAUUAUCAAUAGCAUAAUUGGCCAACAAUGUAUAAUAUAACACUAGACUUCUGCAGUUUAUCAGGAUGCAUCCCUAUAGUUUGUAGUUCUACUUGAUAUUGGGUUGUGGCUAUUUGUUAAUGCUAAAUGUUUAUUAUCAUUUUAGAUUCAUUUCCUUUCCUCUCCUCGCAUAUGUAUUUUGUUAAUCUGGACGAACUUUCUUUGCGCUUCCAUUCAUCUUUUUCUCUAACUCAAUCAGAUAAAGCACCCUGUUUUUGCGGCUCUUCGUGCGCUUGGGUUGAGAUGUGUCCCCCGGCACAGCCCACUCCUUGUGAGAUUGGUUUUUACUGGAGCGAUGAGCAAAUUAUUUUGUUACUUGCAGAUUACUCACCGGGGUCCCGUAUCCCAGAUAACGUGCUAGAUGAUUCAAACCCUUUCCAGUCCCAUCCCCGUAAUUUACCUGGUCACACAAUUUAUCGUGGACGGAGGGAGUGUAAUACAACAAUCUAGCCACCCGGAAAGAGUUGUUGGCAUUUUCUGGUUAAACAUGUCUUAUUAUGAUGGAAUGUGGUUCUUGGUCCACUCGAAUGAGAAAAAAGGGAUGACUGAUGGGUUCUGGAAAGCCAAAGGAGAACCUUGUAAGGUUUACUCAAACAAUGGGAUAAAUGGUUGGAGAACCACUCUUGAAUAUUUUGAAGGCUUAGCUCCCGAUGGACAGUUAACUAAUUGGUUUAUGCAAGAGUACAAAAUUUCACCGAAUGAAUUAGGUGACAAAUGUAGUCCAAAGGCUUCCAGAUUGCUAUGCAGAGUCUUCCUCUGUGGCGACGACAUUUCCAGGAGCAAGAUGAUAUCCCAAAACUGCAAAAACAUCAUUGAGUCAAAGAAUCUCAAUCCAGUGAAGUCGAUCAAACCUGAUGCUAAUGUAACAUCUGACCAGGACAUGGAGCAUGAACCUCGGGCAAAUAGAGAAAAUGAUGUCGGGACACUUGCUAUGGCAUCUGAUGUGAAACCAAGCUCUCCUCCGGGAGACUUUUCCGAAGGAGAAUGCUUCUCUAGAGGCGACUUCCUGGAAUUGGAUGAUUUACAAGAUCCUGAAUCACAUUCUUCUAGCUCACAGAACUCGAGCUGUCCAAGCAAGUUAUCAGAAGAAUAUUUUGGUUCUGAUCAUUUUGGUUCUUCUGAUUUUCUGCGGGAUCUUGAGGAAGAAGUGGAGAAGAGUUGCAGAGAGGAGCAAUUUUCACGUUCAUGUCACAGAUUUAGCGCACAAAUUGUGCAAAACAACGUGGUCUUGCAGCCUGCACUUCCCGGUUCUUCUGUAGUGUAUGAUUCUGUAAGGGGUGAUGUCGCUGAGACUCCAAGCACCAGUCCAGGUGCAGACGAAACCUCAAACGAUAAAAAAGUUCACUCAAAAGCUGAAGGAGCUGCUUCGACUUCGAAUGGUGCGACAAGAGAAGAGAAGAAGAGUGGUGGUUCAAGCAGAAUUAACAAGUUCAAGACCUAUUUCUGUUUUGCAGCAUUCUAAAUCCAACAUUCUUGGAGAAAACAAGGUAGAAAAAUGGAAGAAAAUGAGGUUGUCAUUGGAUAUGCUAAAUUUAGUAUAUGAGGAAGAAGAAAAAGAAAGGACAGAAAAAUAAAUGAUUUUUUAAAAAAACUAAGCCUAUGAGGACAGGGUACUAGAAAACUGAAAAAGUUAUGUAGUAAUAUCUGAUUGAAGCUGUAAUUUAUAGUGUUUGUGUUAGUGUAAAAUAUGUAGUGGUAUAACCUAAUUUGAAUCAUUGUUAUGACUGUAUGAUGUUCCUUGAUUACUAUCAAGGUCGUUUUGUUAGAACUUA